AUGAUGAUGGAAUUUAGAAAAGAAUUCAAAACAAACAAGACAUUAUCGCUAAGAAGAAAACAUGGCGUAGUAAAAGCUGGCCAUUUGUAUGCUUAUCUGCUAAUGAGUUUGAAAUGUGAAAUUGGGAUGCAAAUGCAACAGAGUUUGAAUGGCUCAAAACCCAUUUGCCAUUCAUCAGAUUUUUAUUGUCUAAAUCUGACAGUAUCACAUAAAAACACCGCAAUUUCCUCCUUUUCUUGAUUUAGCUUCCAACCCAGAAAUUAACCUCCUGUAAAUGACCAUCCAGAGACUUCCAUCUCUGCAUCAGGAAUAUGCUUUCUUUUAUCAUUUUUCUAAUAAAAAUGAAGGAUUGCCCUUUAAAUACCAUUCUUCAUUUGUGCCUCAGCCUGCAGCCUCUGUCAAUACAAAGCUCCAUUUUCCCAUUGAGUCGUCAUUCUUGAAAAUCUUUGAUAGAAAGAUGGCUCUCAAAGCUGUUCAUGUCUCUGAUGUGCCUAGUCUCUCAGAUAAUGCAGAAUUUUCCCUCUGUUCCCCUCGUUUCACCAAUAAAUGUGUGAAUAAUCAUGAAGGGGACCGUGAUUGCACAUUUAAAUUCCCAAAAUUUGUGGUGAUGGGACACAGAGGUAGUGGAAUGAACAUGUUGCAAUCUUCUGAUAAAAGAAUGAAAUCUAUUAAAGAGAACUCAAUCCUCUCCUUUAAUGCUGCUGCUAAAUUGCCCUUGGAUUUCAUUGAAUUUGACGUUCAGGUGACCAAAGAUGACUGUCCAGUCAUUUUCCAUGACAGCUUCAUCCUCACUGAAGACCAGGGUUCCAUUGUUGAGAAAAGAGUUACAGACCUCACUUUAGCUGAAUUUCUCACCUAUGGACCACAGAAGGAGCCUGGAAAUGUCUCAAAGCCAUUAUUUAGGAAAACAAAAGAUGGGAGAAUUUUUGAAUGGAAGGUUGAAGAAGAUGAUCCUCUUUGUACACUGCAAGAUGUCUUCCAGAAAGUUGAUGGUUCAGUAGGCUUCAACAUUGAAUUGAAAUUUGAUGAUCAAACCAUUUACAAGCUGGAAGAAUUCACUCACAUUCUUCAAGUAAUCUUGAAGGUGGUGUUGGAGCAUGCCAAGGACAGACCUGUCAUGUUCUCCAGCUUUCAACCUGAUGCAGCUCAGUUGAUGAGAAAAUUGCAGAACAAAUAUCCUGUCUUCUUCCUGACAAAUGGAGGAUCUGAAAUUUACACAGACACAAGAAGGAAUUCAUUGGAUGAGGCCAUUAAGGUUUGCAUGGAGGGUGGCCUGCAAGGAAUUGUAUCUGAAGUCAAGGCUAUCUUUAGAAAUGCAGAAGCAGUAACAAAAAUUAAAGAGUCUAAACUUUCUCUCAUCAGUUAUGGCCUGUUGAAUAAUGUGCCUGAGGUAGUGUACGUGCAGCAUUUGAUGGGUGUUGAAGGAGUAAUUGUGGACCUUGUUAGAGAGAUUACAGAGGCAGUCCCAGAUUUCAGUGACCCUGCAAAAGUGGGCGAAGAGUUGAGAUUGUUAGGCAAGGAAGGGAAGAUGAAAGUUGAAGCAUUAUGUCAAACACCUGGAGAACUCUCAGUAGACAAUCUCAUUUGUUCAGUGAUUCAAUAAUCCUGCCAAUGGAUGUAUGAUUAAAUUUGUAAUAUUGGGAUGAAGUGAGAAUGGGGUUGGUAAAUGGAGAUUGAUCUGUAUGAAAAUGUGUGAAUAUCUCCAGCCCAGUUGUGAAGUUUUACUCUUGUAGCCUAAGGUUGUCUGUUGUGUAGUAUACUAUCUUCAGAGAAGCAGUUUGCUUCAUGUACAUGAGAUGUAGUUAUUACAUAUAAUACUAUGAUGUUGUUCAAUAUAAUGAAUUGGAAUUAGAGCUUGAUGAAA